AUCACACAUCGUUAUCAGUUAUCACCAACCGAAGUGGCUGUGACACGAAAAGCAGCAAAUUUCCAGUUAUCAAGAAGAGCAAUCAAAAGGGCAAAGAAAAAUCAAUGGCGUAUCGCCUGUGUCAAAAUCUUCGUCACCCGCUUGUCCCUCCGCUUAAAUUUUCCAUGAAAGCCACUCGAACUAGCAAGCUGUUUGUUCAGAACUGUAUGCUGGACCCGAGAGAGUCGCGCAAGCUAGUUUUGGAGGUUAAAGAGAAGCUUCAAAAAGAAUACCACAGUCUUCCCGUUGGCAAGAAUGGAAGAGAUGAUGAAGAUAUGAUCCUAUGGUUUCUGAAGGACCGGAAGUUUUCUGUUGAAGAUGCUGUUGCAAAAUUGACUAAAGCCAUUAAAUGGCGUCAAGAAUUCAAGGUGUCAGAAUUGUCUGAAGAGUUGGUGAAAAAUGUGGCUCAAACUGGAAAGGCCUAUGUGCAUGAUUUUCUUGAUGUCAAUGACAGACCUGUGCUCAUAGUGGAGGCUUCCAAGCAUUUUCCCGCAAUGCAGGAUCCUGCAGAGGAUGAGAAACUGUGUGUGUUUAUGAUUGAGAAGGCAUUGCAGAAGCUGCCGACUGGCAAAGAAGACAUACUUGGAAUAUUUGAUCUACGGGGCUUUGGAACAGAUAAUGCAGAUCUUAAGUUUUUAACGUUUUUGUUUGAUGUAUGUUACUAUUAUUAUCCAAAGCGGUUGGGACAAGUCCUCUUUGUGGAAGCACCAUUUGUGUUUAAGCCAAUUUGGCAGCUUGCCAGGCCAUUGAUGAAAUCAUAUGCUUCUCUGGUGAGGUUUUGCUCUGUGGAGACUGUCAGGAAGGAAUAUUUUACAGAAAGGACAGUGCCGGCUAGCUUUAGAGGCUGAAAUCGCUUAUCAAAAUAUAAAUGUUUACAUGCACCUCUCGUGGCUUGUUGGGUAUAAGAAUCUGCAUUCAAUUACACAAUUCGUUCUUUUCUUUGUGGCAUUUGCUGUGCAAUAUUUCUUCAUGAAUGAAGUGGAAGAUGACAGGUAAGAAGGCCUAACAGCAUUGAAUUAAUAAAUAUCAUUUUAACCAGCA